AUGGGUAACAAAAGUUCAAGCAAAGCUGAUCCUACAAUUCUUACACCAAAAGCUAUUCAGAUGCUUAAAGCUAAUACAAAUUUUACCGACGAACAAAUUCGUGAAUGGCAUGCUGGUUUCUUACGUGACUGUCCCAAUGGACAUCUUUCAAAGGAUCGAUUUAUUUCAGUUUAUGAACAAUUUUAUCCAGGUGGUAAAGCUAAAGAUUUUUGUAAAUAUGCAUUUUCUACAUUUGAUCGCGAUAAUAAUGGAACAAUCGAUUUCACUGAAUUUAUGCUUGCUAUUGCAUUGACACAAUCAGGUGAUCUUGAUGAACGUCUUGCUUUAGCAUUUGAUAUGUAUGAUUACAAUAAUACAGGAACAAUUGAUACAAGUGAAAUGGCGAAAGUUAUUUCUGCUAUGUAUGAUCUUACUGGUGAAGCUGAUCGUAAAGGUGAUCGUGAUCCAAAGCAUCGUGCCGAAGAAAUAAUUCGCAUUUGCGAUGUUACUGGUAAUAAAAAAUUAACGAAAGAAGAAUUCAUCGCUGGUUGCAAGAAUGAUCCGGUCAUUCGUCGUUUACUUGUUCCUAAUGCUUAA